AGGCGGCUCCGCAGCUCGGUAGAGACGCUUGUCUUCUGUUUCCCCCACGUUACUAAUUCCUUCACAGAUCUCUAAGAUGGCGGCGGACCAGCUGUGUAAACUGUUCGUCGGUGGGUUGAACGUCGACACGGACGACGAUGGUCUCCGGAAGCACUUCGAGCAGUUCGGUACUCUAACGGACUGCGUGGUGGUGGUGAACAAGCAGCUGCAGCGUUCCCGCUGCUUCGGCUUCGUCACCUUCUCCACCGCCGAGGAGGCGGACGGCGCCAUGGCGGCCCGGCCGCAUGUCAUCGACGGGACGCAGGCCGAGCUGAAGAGGGCCAUGGCCCGGGAGGACUCCAACAACCCCGAGGCCCUCGCCAAGGUCAAGAAAAUCUUCGUCGGGGGUUUGAAAGACGACAUCGAAGAAGAAACGCUGACCGAAUAUUUCUCCCGUUAUGGUGAAAUCGAGAAGGCCGAGGUCAUUUCCGAGAAGGCCAGCGGGAAGAAGAGGGGCUUCGGCUUUGUUCACUUCACCGACAACGAUUCCGCCGACAAGUCGGUGGUGGUGAAGUACCACACCAUCCUUGGCCACAAGGUGGAGGUGAAGAAGGCCCUCACCAAGCAGGAGAUCGACGCGGCCAAUAAGAGCGGCGGGCGGCUGCGGGGCCGCGGGGGGAUGAGGGGGAUGAGGGGAAAUGGCUUCGGCCGGGGAGGAGGAGGAGGAGGCGGAUACAGCGGCUACGGCGGUGGUGACGGCGGCUACGGAGGCGGGUACAGUGGAGGUUACGGUGGAGGCUACAGUGGCGGUUAUGGCGCCGGUUAUAACGGUGGUUAUGGCGGGGGCUACGGAGAGCAGAUGUGCGGCUAUGGCGGAGGAAACGGCUACAGUGACUUCGGCAGCGGCUACAACCAGCAGCCCUCCAGCUACGGCCCGAUGAAGGGCGCUGCUCCUGGCUACGGGGCCCAGCGCAGCGCGGCGCCUUACGCACGGGGCGGUGGGUACCAGAGAGGCGGUUACAACGGAGGUUAUUAG